GUGCGGACGUGCUGCAGUGUUGAAUAGCGAAGGCUGAUGAAAGCAGGGGAACAGCGGCGCUGCUGUGAAGAACACUGUGUUCUCUGGUUUUAUAAGAUGAUAAAUACUUAUUUUACACGCUGAAUAAUCAGUACAGCGGGCCGCUGAGGGGGCUGUAUUUGAGGGCUGCAGCCUCGGACAUGGCGAACUGUUUCCUGUGCUGUAUUGCUCAGGUGCUCUGCAGAAGGGGCGUCCGGGCUGUAGCAGGGAGGGUUGUGUCCUGCAGAGCUUUCUCCACAGCCGGAUCCUCCGGAUCAGAUGAGCCUUUUAUAGCAGUUUCCUCUCAAGAUUCAGGCCCCAGAACUGUGUGGCCUGAUGAGACCAUGGGCCCAUUCGGCCCUCAGGACAAACGCUUCCAGUUGCCGGGCAACGUGGGUUUUGAUUGCCACCUCGGGGGAAUGGGGGAUCAGAGAUUGGGUCUUAAGCACCGGGUCGUUCCUGACGUCCUCUCAGCUCCAUCCAGCAGCGACCGACAUGAGUUUAUUCUAGCACAGUUUAUUAAUGAAUAUCAGAGUAAAGAAGUUUCUCUGUGGCUUCAGAGAGUGAGUAAAGCAGAGCAGUAUUUUCAUCACUCUGAUGUGGAGUGCUCGAUGCACUCCUGCCCUCAGCUGCUAAAGCAAGAAUUAGAAUCCUUUUUCCCAACUCUGCCUGCUAGUGCCAUUACUGUCGUCACUGUAGUGCAGAAACCGGCGACUGAAGCAGAAGAGCUGGACAGGGAACAGCUGCUAAAUAAAUUUGUCAGCGGUGCUAAAGAGAUCUGUUUCAUGCUGUGGAGGGAGGGGUACUGGGCCGACUUCAUAGAUCCCUUAUCUGGAAAUGCUUUUUUCGGAGCGAAGUUAAGCGACUCCAUUCUGCAGCCAGAGCAGCAGCAGCGCGGUCAUUCAGGCUUCCACAUCGAGGACCUGGCUUCCUGCAUGGUCAUCCGGCACAUCCUCAAGGACACGCCCACAUUUGUGGGAACACUAAUCACUAACGCACCUUCUAAUAGUCGCAUCAUGACGCGACUCAAAGGACAGUCGGCUGACUCGGAAGAAACAGAUUAGAUUGAGACUUCUAUGCACAAUGUCUGAAUAUGACACUCUACUAAUAUUUUACUGUUUUUUUAUGGCUUGAAUUGUAGGGGAUGCUGUGAAUAAAACCCAAACAGGCCUGUUAUUGA